AUGGCCGACGGAUUGAAUGAAGCAAGAGCUCUUAGGGUUACGGAGUUGAUGAAUGAUUUCAGGACACUGUUACUCCAUAUAUCACAGCUGAAGACCGAUUCUCCAUUGGGCGAAGAGCAUGAGGAGGGUUAUGCCCUGAUGAGACGAUGUUUCCAUGAAGCCCAAUCGUUGAUCUCCGCCCAAUUCAAUGUUGAGUCUAUACAAAACGGAAACGGUGAUGGGGAGUGGCAAAAGGUACAACUGCAAAGGAUAAUCCUCGAUGCCUCAGCACGGCGCUUCCAAGCGCACAAGCUUUACCUGCGAAUGGCAGCUGCUAAGAGAUGGGCUACAAGCCGAAUGCAGGUCCUUCAUGGCCAGAAACCAAGCCAAUUACAUCGGGCCGCUCUCAGGACGAUUGAUGAAACAUUGCGCAACGAACUCUCAUCCUUUACAGAUUCUUAUAUCCGGAACGAUCUGCGGUCCGCUGAUGCCCGUGCUGGCCAUUGGCUCGCCGAAGACCCUGAACUCAGUACUAUACUGCAAUGGUUUCGAAGUCAUUCCUAG